UUUGUGUUGUUGUGUAUCACUACUACUGACUGGUCAGUCGUAUAUUAUUUUAAAAUGAGAUAUUUAUUCAAUAAAGUCAUAUCUUAUCAAACCAGACUAUUAGGUAUAGUAUGCAGUAGUAGUAGUAGUUGUAUAGCAUUUGCAGGGAUGACAAUACAUGAGGCAUACAAUUGGCGUAAUAAUCGACAACAACAACAGCCUUUAAGACAAUGGUUUAACAGAUCAAGUAUUAGUUGUAGUCAUAGUAGUAGUGGUUUGCCAUCCGAUUCAUGGCUAAGAUAUGCAACAGCAGCUGAUGAUGACGAUACAGAUGAUGGUAGCUAUGAUGACGACGACGGCGACGAUAUUGAUAUCGAUUGGAUUAUCGAUGUAUGCAAAAGAUCUUUAGUUAUCUGUACGCAACCUGUAUUUGAUGCGGACAUCGACUCAGUUGGCGAACAUGGAUCUGGAUUUCGUGUCCGACUGUUCGGCGAUAAUCUGAUGAUUGUAACCAAUGCUCAUGUAGUCAACGGAUGUCAUACAAUACUAUUGACGGUCUACUAUGACAACCGUAUCUGCGAAAUGUACGGUACAGUUGUCUACGUUGAACGUCAACUGGAUUUGGCACUUAUCCGGCUUCGGGUCGACGACGGUGAUUAUGGCGAUAAUUUUCAACCGCGACCACUGGCCGACUACACUAGUAGUGGGCCGACGCCGAUACCAUCACCGGGCGAUCCAAUUGUAUCGGUUGCCCAUUCGCAAGUGGCCAACAACAAACAUCCGGGUAUUAUCAGAGCGUACGGUUGUCCGGCAGUUGCCGAUAUGGACGACUGGUAUAUAGUAUCCGACGGUAUCGAUGUCUGGGAUGGCCUAUUGAUGUUAUGUCAUACGGCCCGCAUAGUACCCGGUUUUUCUGGCGGUCCACUAGUGGACGGCGGGGCAAAUAUUAUCGGUGUCAAUGAUCUUGGCUGUGAAUUUGAUUUGUUUUAUAACAUAACCUCCACCGAUACCAUUGAUUUUAUUAGGAGAGGCCAACAGUAUAUGACAAACGAGUUUCGACUAAAGUAUGCCAAACGCGAGGACAGUUAUGCCACAAAAUCGGGCCUAAAAUUAGGUAUUAUAGUCGGAUGUCGUCGUCUACUGAACAAUAGGUUUAUUAUUGAUGAUAUACUACCGGAAACUAAUUGCUCUAAAUUAUAUAUUGACUGUGAAAUUGUUGAUAUCAAUGGACACAAGUUAACAAAUAUCAGACAAUUUACCGAUACAUUGACUGGUCUGAGAGAUAGUGGAAAAAUCCAAUUAAAUUUAAUUGAAAAUAUAUUUGCCGUCAAAAUGCAACCAAUAAUACAGGUUUGCAAAUACCGUACAAAUAGUCCGACAGAUUUGAUCGCAAAAUACGGCAAAAUUGUCGGUUUCUAUUACGGCGUCCAACCGAUGGUAUUGAUUGCCGAUCCGGACGUCGCAAAACAAAUUUUGGUCAAAGAUUUCCAGUAUUUUAGCGAAAGACCCGACUUUUUCUUCAGUUUCAACCGACCCGUAAUGAACGGAUCGCUAACUAAAAGUCGUGGUCAGCGCUGGAAACAGAUCCGAUCGGUAGUGACGCCGACAUUCAGUUCAGCCAAACUGCGGACAAUGACACCAUUGAUUGACGACUCGGUUAAUACGUUUUUAAAACUGGUUGACAAACAACAGUCGACGACUAAUGACGGAAACGAUUUCAAUAUUUACAAUCUGUUUCAGGGAUUGACCGCCGAUGUUAUCGGCCGGACAGCGUUCGGCAUACAAACAGACAUCCAAUUGGAUUCGGACAACAAAUUUAUAAAAGCGGUUAAAAAUAAGUUUAAAUCAUUGAGUAUUUUUGCCAAAUGGUAUACUUUGAUUAGAUAUUGUUUUCCACAAUUAUAUCGACUAUUAUAUCCGUAUCGACGUCUAGAAGAGCUAAUCAAUCAUCGAUUGUUGGGUCGAUCGCCAACCGGUAUACUCUUGGAUAUGUGUCAACUGGUUAUCGAUUUAAGAAAGUCUAACAAAAAACAAAACCGAAAAGAUUUGUUACAAUUGAUGUUAGAGACGAAAAUAUCUGACCAACAGUUUGCUGGUUUGAAUGUCCAACUGUUGACUGCCGGCGGCGGCGGCGGCGGCGGUACCGGCACUGACCUACAAAUAAAUUGUGAAGAUAUAGUAGAAUUGAAAACUAACUGUCAAUCAAAAGAAGCCAAACAUAAUGACAUUCAAUUGACUGAUGACGAAAUCAAAGCUAAUUGUGUUGUAUUUUAUGAGGCCGGGUAUGAAACUACAAGUACUGCACUGGGAUUUGUUGCACACAUACUGGUCAACAAUCAAGAUAUUCAGGAUAGGAUCCGACAGGAAGUCCGGGAAUUGUAUGAAACUGAUGGUCGACUCGAUUACAAUACGGUUACUAAACUCGAGUACAUGGAGUGUGUAAUCAAUGAGACGAUGCGUUUGUAUCCACCGAUCAUAUCGUUUGUGGCGCGAGAGGCCAACACUGACUACACGAUCGAUACAAACAUAACGAUACCGAAAGGUACGGCCGUACAGUUUGCCACCUAUUAUAUGCAUCACGACCCGGACUAUUGGCCCGAACCGGAAAAGUUUGAUCCCGAAAGGUUCAGUUCGGAUGGUAGUCGUCGGCAUGAAUGGCAUCCGUACUCUUGGCAACCGUUCGGCAGUGGACCGCGUAAUUGUGUUGGCAUACGGUUGGCCUACUUUGAGAUCAAACUAUGUUUGGCUAAACUGUUGCUUAACUAUCGACUGGAACCGGGACAGCGAACCGAAAUCGGUAACAUAACAGUUAAUACUACUUUACUAUCUAUGAAUCCUAAAUACGGAGUUUUUGUUAAAGUUAUCAAAUUAUUUUAG